GUAGGAAGGAAAAGAGUCGUAACGCAGGGAUUUCGAUUGUCGAAUUGUCAUGCGAAAAAAGUUCGUUGAUUUUUCGAUGAGACGCUUUUUAAAAUAUAAUACGUUCAUAAAACGAAUUAAGUCGAUGUAGAAGAAAAAAUCACCGAUUAAAAAGUGGGUUGGGCCGCAAGCCCAAGAGAGUCAAAGUUACGUUAGGUUCCCGCUCUCUGAUAGAUAGAAAGCAUCUCCAAAUAAUACGUGGAGAAUGUCGAGAAGACCUCGAAGAUAUAUAAUCAUAAGAAGAAAAUAUAUUUUUGAAAAAAAAGGACUACAUGUGUCGAUACCCCACGCUCGUGGAAGCUUCCAAAGGAUUGUCAAAACGACGGACAGAGACAAUAGUCCAAGACGAAUUUACAGGUUAUGUUACGUCGAGGUCACCUAAAUCGGAUUAAUUUUACGCAACAGAAACGAUGCAACGUAAUUGCUCGUGCACAAGGGAGUCGAAGUCUACGUUCCAAUUGUGCUCAACGCGAUGAGUACUACGGACGCGUGGAAGUUUGCGAAAAUUGCGAAGUACGUGCUUUUACCUCGGAUUUUGGCGUUCGGGCAACGGCGGACGGACGGUUUACACACGGCGCUACGGACGAAUUCGUCGUCCGUCGCCUCGACAAGUCAAAGUGAUCCGCGUCUUAUCCGCGCCUCGACUAUCCGGCAGUUGAUCAUGGAAUUGGAGAACUGUAAUUCGCAUGGUGAUCAUGGAAACGUAUCACCAUCGACACCGCAAAAUGAUAAUGAUCCUACAGGGCAUAAGAAAUGGUACCGGCAAGCUAGUCAAAGAUAUCCACAAAUGAUUCAAGCUGAUCCAUCAUAUGACGUAGAGAAUAUGGGAACUAUUAGCAUGAUGGCUAGAAAAAUUGCUGCGAAUAGGAUUUUUGUUAACCGUAGUCUUCAUUUAGAAAAUAUUAAAUUUUAUGGAUUUGACAUGGAUUAUACACUGGCGGAAUAUAAAUCUCCGCAAUAUGAGCAGCUUGGAUUUAAUCUCUUAAAAGAUCGUUUAGUAUCUUUGGGAUAUCCACAAGAAAUUAAAGCAUUUGAAUAUGAUCCUAGUUUUCCAGUACGAGGCCUAUGGUUUGAUACUCUUUACGGAAACUUAUUGAAGGUUGAUGCCUACGGGAAUAUAUUAGUCUGUGUACAUGGAUUUGAAUUUUUAAAACACUCUCAGGUUUAUGAACUCUAUCCAAAUAAGUUUUUACAACUAGACGAAUCAAGAGUCUAUGUUUUGAAUACACUGUUCAAUUUACCAGAGACUUAUCUAUUAGCAUGCCUCAUAGAUUUCUUCACGAAUUCUCCGCAAUAUACUAGAGAAAAGACUGGAGUUAAAGAAGGUGAACUUACUAUGAGUUUUAAAAGCAUUUUCCAAGAUGUAAGAAAUGCCGUUGACUGGAUUCACUUGCAUGGAAAUUUAAAAAGUAAGACUAUAGAAAACUUGGAUGAAUAUGUCAAAAAAGAUGAACGGCUUCCAAUGUUUCUUACACGUAUUAGAGAAAGCGGUGCAAAACUAUUUUUGCUAACAAAUAGUGAUUAUGUUUUUACCGAUAAAAUAAUGACCUAUUUGUUUGAUUUUUCACAUGGUGCAAGGCCUGACGAACCACAUCGAAAUUGGAAAACAUAUUUUGAUACUAUUGUUGUUGAUGCCAGAAAGCCAUUAUUUUUUGGAGAAGGUACAAUCUUGCGACAGGUAGAUACUAAAACUGGUGCUUUAAAACUUGGAACACAUAAAGGUCCUCUUCAUACAGGUGAAGUCUAUUCAGGAGGAUCGUGCGAUGUUUUCACAGAAUUAAUCGGCGCGAAAGGUAAAGAUGUAUUGUACGUCGGAGAUCAUAUAUUUGGUGAUAUUUUGAAGAGUAAAAAAAUUAGAGGAUGGAGGACAUUUUUAAUAGUGCCAGAAUUAGUUCAGGAAUUACAUGUAUGGACAGACAAAUGUCAAUUGUUCGCAGAAUUACAAAAUUUGGAUGUAAUGCUAGGAGAGAUGUACAAAAACUUGGAUAGUAGCACAAAGGAAAAGCCAGAUAUAUCUAAACUUCGAGCUUCCAUAAGAGAUGUCACGCACAAAAUGGAUUUAGCAUAUGGUAUGAUGGGAUCAUUAUUUCGUAGCGGAAGUAGGCAGACAUUUUUCAGUAGUCAAGUAGUGAGGUAUGCAGAUUUGUAUGCUGCCACUUUCCUUAAUUUGAUUUAUUAUCCAUUCUCAUAUAUGUUCAGAGCACCUGCUAUGCUGAUGCCACACGAGAGUACAGUUGCUCAUGAACAAAGAUUUGUUAUGGAAACACCUAUGAUCAGUCGAUCAAGAACAUUUAAACUUUCAGAAGAAGAAGAAGAACAAAAUCGACUGACUGCUAAAGCUAUGUAUAUGGAUCACUUAAAUAGUCAAAUUCCACAUGCAAGGCCUGAAACACCACGCAAUGUAACACAUACGCAUGAUGAAGACUGCAGUGAUGAGGAUAGCGAUUCUCAAAAGCAAGGGAACUGUACUAAGGCGUGCUCAAAAAAUCUUAACUGUAAUUAAUUUGUUAUAAUACUAAUUACAUAACUUCUUUAAAAAAUUUAUUAAAUUUAACUUUAUAAAAUUUUUCGUUUGAGAUUAAUAUUAGCCCAGGAUGCUAUUUAGUUAAGUUCUAAAGCAGGAAAUUUAAUUGUUUAUAUAUAUAUAUAUACAUAUAUACAUAUAUAUAUAUACAUAUAUACAUAUAUAUAUAUACAUAUAUACAUAUAUAUAUAUACAUAUAUACAUAUAUAUAUAUACAUAUAUACAUAUAUAUAUACAUAUAUAUAUAUAUAUAUAUAUAUAUACAUAUAUAUAUGUUUUGAUAAUGCUUUUCAUGUUUUCAAUCGACUGUUACAUAUCUUGUAAUCUACCGAAUUCUAUAUGCAUUAUACGAGGCUUCAUAAUUUUUUUUAUAUUGCAAUAAAAAUUGUAUUUUAACAGUUUUUACAUAUACCCACAUUAUAUGUUAGAUAAAGAAAAUGGCUAUGGAUUCUCAUAGUAUUGAAAGAAAUGUAUAACAUAAUUACUUUGUUAUAUCAUUUACAAUAUAGUAACAUCUGAACAUAAUGUAAAUGAUACAUUGUAACAUAUUAUUUGUUAAAUAUGUGAAGUUAUUUAUUAUAAAUUUUUCAUAUACCAAUUUCUGGAAUUUCAAACAGUAAUAUGUAAAAAUGAGUAGAAUGCAAUAUGUGCAAACAGAUGUAGUUAAUUAUGAUGUACAUAUAAAAUAUGUACCUCACAAAAAUUAUAUAUGCGUGGAACAUAAACAUAAAAUCUUAAAUUUAUAUUUAUUUUAGAAGUAUAUAAAGGCCAUGAGCUUUAUAUAAUAAUAAUAUUUAUGUAACAUCACUAUUAUUAUUAUUUAUGAAUUUAGGUACAUACAUUAAGAUUUACAUAUAUAUGACAGAUUAUUUUCGCACAAGAGAGAUUGUGUGUGUAUAUAUAUAUGUGUAUAUAUAUAUAUAUAUAUAUAUAUAUACAUACACACACAUAUAUACAUACAUAUAUAUAUAUUUGAAUAUAUCUAAUUUGUGUUAUUUAAGACAUUGUUGAAUUUGUAAAAUAUGUUUUAUAUUUAUUUCUUAUGCAGUAAUUAUACUAAUAGGAUAUUUAUUGAAGCCAAAGCUGAAUAUCAAUUGUAUGCAAAAUUUAUAGGAUAAGGUUGGUUAUUAGAUUAGCAUUUUUACACGAAAUUUAGCUGAGUAAUAUUUACAAAUAUGUAAAGGUUAUGAUCAAACGUCUAAAGAUAAAUAGCCAAAAGGAAAUAUAGAGUGAGAUUGUCGUGUAAUAAUAAUACUUUGAUGAGAUCUAAUUAUACAAACUGCAUACUCUUUUUUGAUAUAUUUAGUUCAUUAUGCUAAUCCAAAUAAUCUUGUUAAAAUUAUCAAAAAUUUCUAUAUUCGUAUGAGAAGUAGAAAUAAAGUGGAUUUUGAUAAAAAAAUUUACAUUUAUAAUAUUAUGACAAUAUUAAUCGUGUAUAAUGAUAAGUAAUUGUUCAGAUUUCAUGCAGUUUGUAUUAGUGUUAAUAUUGCUAAUUAAAGAUCUCUUUCAUAAUUGACAUUAGAAUGCAUUAACAUUGUUUUAACUAAAUAGUCAAUUCAACAAAUCAAGUGUUAUAUGUAAUAUUGCAAGAGUUUGAUAUUAAAUUAAAAAGAGAUAAAUAUGUUAAACAAAACAAAAAAAAAUUGUAUAAAAUUAUUCUUAGAAUAGAGACAACUUUUGUAAUAACUUCGCACAAUAAUAGCAGUUAAAAAUGUCUUAUUGAAUUAAAUAAUUAAUGAAAACAUGUGAUUUUGAAUUGGAUAAAUUAUAAAUAAUUGCAUUGUAUUGUAUAGUUUGUAUAAUAGAUUACAUUUUUAAUAAAGGACGUAGUAAUAUA